AUGAACAGUGAAAAUGAGAUUGAACGGAAAAAUAAUGUCGCUUGUUUUGUACCACUGAGUGCUUUAAUUGAAGACAAAAAUUUAGCAAACGGCAUAUAUCAACAGACAUGUUGUUAUGAUACAGAUCAGAAAUUUAUCUUGACAUCAGGUGAAUUUGCUGGAUCUGUGCUUCCAGAUGAUGUUUUGAAAGCGUUAAGAAAAGAUGUUGGUAAACCGCAGCGUAUAUACGACCGGGAUCGCUGCUGUAUACCCAAAAAUUCUACAAUUAGUUGGGAUGAAUGGUGUAAUCUAUACUACGAACUGCGACCACCAAGUACGUGUGAAUGGUACACACCACCAAAACAAGCAUGGUUUGGCGGCGAUCCACAUAUGCAAACACUCAAUCAUUCAAGAUACAGUUGCAAUCUAGAAGGAAAUUUUAUAUACGCACAGAUUUUAAAUACAACAGAUUCGGAAAAAGUAUUUUCAAUUUUUGCUGUAACUUCAUCCACCAAUCCAAAUAUCAAAGUACAACCAUUUCAAAAGCAAUCAAUUACAUAUUAUUCUAAUUUUUUGAUGGAAUUGGGAUCACAAACUGAAGUAGCUAUCAAUGUCAGCAUUACAAAUGACUUCUUAUUCGAUAUCCAGUAUAUCAUUAAUAGAAGUUCUAAAUUUGAAAUUCCUGAUUUGACUACAAAUUUUGCAACUUAUUUUUAUUAUCCUAAUGGCAGUACAAAUUCGAGCACACCAUUUUCAAUUGCGAGAGAAGAUGUUACAAUAAGUACUACUGAAUGGACGCUCGAUCCCAAUGUCUUCGAUGGCAAGGGACGCAAUAUAUCAGCUAAAAUUCCAAAAUUAACAAUAUCAACUUGGUUAGAAGCAUCAAAAGAAAGCAAUUUGCAUUUAGGAAUUGCCAUGCAAUGUUAUCUGAUAACCCACAAUAUGGCUUGUACAUUGCUUAUACCGAAAAAAUAUGAAAACUCUGUAAAAGGUCUUGUUACUGAUGGCGAUUAUCCAAAUAUAGACGAAGAUUAUAAUGCUGCUUGUUCCAGUCAGUCAGUAUCGUCCACACCUUCUGCGACAACAGCACUAAAUCGAAAAGCUCUUAUGAACUGGUUCAAUACAGGAGCAACCAGCAAGUAUCAAUCCUACGUUAAAUCUGUAUGUGGUCCCAAUGAUUCAGACACGGUUUAUAAUUUCUGUAUACAAGAUCAGAUCGUAUCACAAUCAUCGUUAAUAUCAAGUAUCACGCUUCACAGUGCAAGAGCCUAUAAAACGGCGAAUGAUGAACUUGUUAAAGCACCCUGUAAUGAAACGCUAUGUGGUUAUGGUGUCUGUCAAAAUAUUGAAGGCUUCGACCUUAAAUACAUAUGUUCCUGUCCUUCAAAAUAUUAUUUCAAUAAUAUAACUUGUAUAGAGAUGGAUGAUUGUAACAGCCCAUUCGAAAAUAAUGAUAGUUUACCGUGUACUGACUUUGGACGACGAAUUAGUGAAGAUACUACUGGAACUCAUAAUGGAACUAUUAAUGGAACUUGUGUGUGCGUGUGUGGCUCCGAUUUUGUUGAUAAUGGAACCAUCUGCGUGGAGUGUGCUCCUAAUACUGCAGGACCAAACUGUGCUCUUUUGUGUACAUGUCUGUUUGGAACAUGUAAUCGUACAGCAUCUAGUGAAAACGAGUUAUGCAAUUGUUCAGAAGGUUAUACAGGAAAUUUUUGUGAAACGGUGAUUGACUAUUGUAAUAUAACAUCGUAUGGUGAUGAUGUGUGCGAUAUUAGUAAUACUACAGGCAGAAUUUGCAAAUUAGUACCAAACAACAACCAACGAAAAGAAAACCAAAGUGGCUUCGACUGUGAUUGUCGAAAUGGAUAUACAAAAUUAGAUUCUGGUUUAUGUAAUGAUACUAAUGAAUGUGAGCUCGGCAACGAUUGUGCAUUGGACACAACCACGUGUGUUAACACUAUUGGAAGUUAUGAAUGUGUAUGUCUUGAUGGUUAUUAUAAGUCAGGAGAAGUAUCUGACAACAUUCGUGCCUGCAUUGAUAUAGAUGAAUGUGCAAAUAAACAAAAUAAUUGUAGUCUUUAUAAUAAUUCGUUUUGUGUCAACUUAAUAGGUUCAUUUGAAUGUCGUUGUAAUGACGGUUAUUGUCCAGAUAGUGAUAAAUCAAAAAUUGAAGGUGUUACUUCGUGUUAUUUAAUUGAUCAAUGUAAUCGAUGCGGCAACCGAGGUGUAUGUGAACCCGACAAAAAUGAGACAAAGUGUCAAUGUUUUCAUGAUCCAUUAAAUCCACCUGUAGGCGAUUUUUGCGACAUAUCAACCCCGCCAGGGACAUCAGUCAACUGGCCAGCGAUUGUGAUUGGGAUUCUCGGAGGCAUAGCUGCAUUGCUAUGUAUUACGACAUGUUGUUUACUAGCACUAGCUUUAUGGCGCAGAAGAAGACAUCCGGAAAUUGUAGAUUUAAGUAUUCGUCGUUUGUGGCAUCUACCACGAGCUAAAAUACCGGUAGUUGUUACAGCUGAAAAUGUAGGAGUGUAUAUGACCAGUUUGAAUGAACGUACGCUGUCAUCUGACGAUAGUUCUGAUUCGAGAACGACUUAUCGUACAACAUAUAAUAAUGAUAAUAAUAUUCAAACAGUAAAUAGCGAAUUUUUUCGUCAAUUAGAAGAAACAAUGAGUGGGAAUAUGCGUGAAACAGUUGCACGUCCCGAUACACGUGCUAUACUAUCAAGUUUACCAACAAAUACCACUACAACAUCGGCAUCAAGAAAUUCUGAUCCAAUCGAUGAUCUCGAUGAUAUAAUUGAUGAUGAUGAUAUAACAACAAUAUUUCAUGAUCCGCUCGAUGAUCUUUUCGAUGAUGAAUUUUUUGAAGUGUUAAAUCCAAAUCUAAAACUACCUAGGCCACAGGUUGAUAUACAGCCAACGGGCUUAUUUUCGUUCUUGAAGAGAAGCUCAUAG